AUGAAAAAUAAUUCAGGUGAAGAACAAACUUGCUCAGUGUGCGAAGAAACUUUAGAAGGAGAUAUUCCAGGCAUUGUUUGAAGCCAGGGGCAUCAUAUUUGACCUGACUGUAGUGGUCUUUUUGUUCAGAAUAUGCUGAAUAAACCUGAGACACAGAUUCCUGCUCAAUGAUGCUUCUGUAAAACUGAGAUCGAUACACAGCAAGUUGAGAGACAAUUAUCGUCUGAGCAAAAGAUUACCUAUGAAAAGUACUAUGCUUUAAACAGACUUGACCCAAAGUUACACAAGGCUGUGCACUGACAAUACUGAGAGUAUUUUGAGAUUUGGAGAAUUGAUAAUAACUCAAUCUUCUUUUAUUGCCGAAAUAAAGAAUGUAGAAAAGGGACUUGCCUAGUCUGUGACAAAGAUUUAAAAGUUUCCGAGAGCGCUAUAGUAACAAAAAGCAGAACUGGCAAACUUGAAAGAGAAGUAAUGUCUCACUCUGAAUGAUCCAAAUACUUGCAAAUAAAUCAAGACUGGCUAAGAGCAUUAAUUGAAGGGGAACAAAGAGUAUGUCCCAAGUGCAAAAGUGGAGGCCUCAAAAAUGAUGCUUGCAACAAAAUGACCUGCGAUAAAUGAAAUAUUCUUUGGUGAUAUGUUUGUGGUCAAGAUGAAGAGCAUGCAGAUAAGCAAGACCCUAAUGGAAAUUUUUACCAACACUUCAUCGGGUGGGAGAACAACUCUAAACGGUGUCCUAAAAUGCUGAAGUUCCUUGCUGCCAACGACCAAAGAUGGGAUAAAGAUGAUGAAGAGGCCAAUAGAGACUUCUUUUAUAAGAUCUGUCUUUACAAGUCACUAAGAGGAUUCUUCAAGAAAUACACUCAAGAGCAGUUCGAUGCUCUCUGCGAAGUAUCCCCAAUAGUCCAACACCAUGGGUAUGACUUACAAGAAGCAAUGACAAUGGAUCUUGAGAUAAUCAAGAGGUAA